CAGCCCGUUAUAACAGAAUUUAGCAACAAAUAAAUUGCAAAUAAUUUGUUAGUGCAUUCUAAAAUUAGCCUCCAGUUUUUGAAUUGGUUCGUUUCUCGGCUGACCCUUAAUGACAACAAUCGACAAUCAACCUGCUGUACCAAAAUAGGUGUGGCGCCACACUGCCAAAGAAGCUGUCAAAUAGGUUUAGAGAAAAUUUACAAUUUUUACAAUAUAAACUGAGUAAUAAUGGUAGUCAAAGUUUACAUUAGCGGCAUUUCCGGCAAUAAAGAGGUGAAGAAAAGACAGCAAAGGGUCCUUCUGAUUUUAGAUUCAAAAAAUAUCAAUUAUGAAGUUAUAGAUAUUGCCGAACCCGAAAAUGAGGAGAAAAAGGAUUUCAUGCAGAACAAUUCCACGUCUUCAGGGGCAACAAUCAGUGACCCUAAUCCAAGGCAUCCACUACCUCCACAGAUAUUCAACGACGAUGUCUAUUGUGGGGACUAUGACCAAUUCGAUAUGGCAAACGAAGUGGACGAGAUGGAAAAAUUUCUAAAACUAGCACCGAACGAUUCUGAACCCUCUGUAACAACAAAUGCUGAACUAAAACUGGGCAAUGGUGAAGUUCACAACGCCUCUCAAGAAUUAAAUGAAACCAAAGAAACAGAAGAAUCAAAAGAGGAAACUGACAAUAACGAAAAAAUCGAAAAUGGCGAAGAAACUGAAGAAAAACAUGACGAAGAAAAUGAGGAAGAGGCUGAUGAAUAAAGAAAAAAGAAAACAACACCAAGAUCGUAUUUAUUGUUUAUUAUUUGUCUUGAAUGACUUUUUUAAGUAUUAUAUUUACGCUAUUAUUCAUGAGGUUAAGGUCCUAAGUAGCUCACGGCGAACAAAUUGCAUACUAUUGUUACACUUUUACAUUUGUAAUGUUGAACCGAUCUGAAUUUUGUAAAUAUAUUACUUCAUCUAUUAAGUUGCCCAAUAUAUUCAUAAACUUUUA